AGAAGGCUCAGACAUCUGAGCAAAUAUAUCUUUCCGUUGCAAUACGGUCUAUCCAACGUAUUCAGCCAGCCGUCAGCCGCUAAAGAAACCUAUAAGCAGCCGAAUUUUGCUGACAGAGAGCGUGAAAUUGAGCUCUUUGGAACAUGCAAGACACCGAAGCAGCUGAAGGACGUGCUUGUGCUUUUGGACAAGAUGAUCUGGCGACAUGGCAAAUGUCAUUAUAAGCUACUUAGAGACACAGUUUGUCCAUCCAAGGUAGACAAGCUUCAAGUCACAGCGCGCACUAGUCUCAUCUUCGCUCAUAGAUCACGAUAA